AUGGAUUCUGGAAAGCAGAGCAUGGGAGAAGAUGCUUUUAAGGAGAAAGACCAUAUGUCACAGCAGGCUGUCAGUGAUCUGGCAAGCGUGGUACCAUCUUCCAAUAUAAUAAUUGAGAAGGCCAUGCCUUCUUUAUCUCCGGGUUGGGUUGACAAAACGAGUGACUCCUCCAGCAAGCAGUGUCCACUUUUAUGUGGUUCAGAAGCCAGCAGUACGAUGGGCAACAGUAAUGUCUCAACGGAUAACUUGGGCCACAAUCAAGCUUUUCAGCAUGCCAGUCAAUUAUAUUAUUUGGCCAGUUCUGAUUUUCUUCCUCAGAAGUUGGCUUCCAGUGUAACCCAGGCUGGAAUUCGUCAUGCAAGUGGCACCUUGGAAAUGUUCACUCCUCCUCUGCUCCCUGCCUCAGAGCCUGUGAUGAAUCAUUGUGCUCCCACCUACAAAAACAUGAAACAGACUCCAGGGCAGCAGGACCAGGUGAUGAGGCAGCAGAUGGAGCAGCUACAAAGGCUGGUGGCUGAACAGCAGAAAAUCAUUGCACUUUACAACCCAGGUACUCAAGGAAUCCCUCCUGAUGCUGCAGCACCCUCAGACGCUGAUGCUUGCACUCCAGCAGUGAAAUAUGGCAGUUCCUUAAAGAAAGAGAAUGGAAAAGCGUGGUUGAAAUGGCAGGCAAAUGCUCAGCAAGCUGUCUGCAAUGGCCAGGUUGAAGAAGCACACGGCUUUUCUGUUUCUCCUGGGAUACCUUCCCACCUAGUAGCCACGAUGCCACCCCUUCCAUGCUUUCCAGCUACUUUCAUUCCUGUUCGGUUCCCAUCAGAAAAUUCUUCCCAAGUUGACAGCCCAGAGUGCUCACAGACCUCUCCCUUGGCAAGGCGCUCUGCUUGGCAAAGCAGAUCGCCGCUGUUCAUGCCAAAUGAGAGCAGUUCAGAAAUCUCAGGAGAGCACGUGCAGCUUUCAGAUUCAGAUAACAGUCAAUUCAAAGAAAGGAGUUUCCCUGAAACUUUUUCUGCUGUCAAAGAAGAACAAAGAGAACAAGUAAAGGAGGAGAUUCCUCCAUCUCCCUUUGGCAUAGAGUGGAAGAUGAAGACUGGAAACAUAGAAGACAGGUCAAUCACACCAGUAAUUGGUAUAAGACAGAAGACUUCUGAAGAAUUUGUUGAAGAACAACUUAAAGUAGAAAAUCAUCUCAGAGAAAAACAGCAGAAGGAGCAGCAGAGCAAGGAAAAAGUAACACCUCGGAAGGCUUUUCUGAAACGAAAAGAAGGUAUGUCAAGGCUCAAAAGAAAUAAACAGAAGCCUCUUAAAGAAGACAGCAAACAUUCCAGAAGAGCUGGUUUGGACUGCUGGGGUCAUUUCUCCCAGCCUGGCCAAGUGGAUGCAGGCAUACUGCAGCCAGGGGAAUGCUCUCAGUUAAAUCUGCAGGUCAGUAGCUCCAUGCAGAUGGAUGGACAUAAAAAAAAAGCAGACUGUGCUUUAGUUGAGUGGGAGAUAAAGGCUCAGACUGACUGUGAAGCAAAAGUAGUUGAGCAAAGUGCAGAAGAGAAAGAAGUGAUUGGGAGAAAUGAAGAUGCAAAGGAAAAUCCUGUUGACUCACCGCAGAGAAGGCAGCCUGAAAUCCUGCAACCAUGUCCUGAAACAGUAACAGAAAUGAAACUACAAAUAGGUGAGGAAAGGGAAACUCAUUAUAUGGAUUCUCUAGGGCAAGCAGGCAGAACUGAUGGGAGACCUGUGGAGGGCACCCUGCAAAAAGACCUAGGUAGGAUGGAUCAGCCUCUGAAGGGUCAUCUCACAGAGGGAGCAAAAACCCCCUUGGAAGUCCUGCAAAAGCAUUCUCCACUUCAGGAUUUAGAAACAGAUUGCACCAAGGAGGCAGAGUGCAGUGCAGGGCCCACAUUCACACAGGGUCAGAAGUGGGUUCAGGUACACCCACAGGAACUUGUUUCAGGGAGCCAGAGCUCAGAAAGCAAAAGACAAAUCCGUACUGGUUUUAAGAUGGUCAAUGAUAAGAUAGUGAAAAUUACACAUAGCUCACCUGAUACUGUGGAGAAGGGAAGUUCAUCCUCAGCCUUGAAGCAGGAGUGGCAAAGGAAGGGGACAGCUACCUCGACAUGGCAUGUUGCAUCUUUGUCCUGUGAGUCAAGCUGCUUAUCUUCCAACAGUGAUGAUGAACCCAAAUCUCACCAUGUUCAGUAUCCCUCUCAGCAUGGGCCUCAGGGAGUAGAUCACACUGACAGACAUUUGGAUCUCUCGGAUGAUGAUUAUGCUAGUGAUGACCCCAGUGGAACUGAAAAAAUGUCUGUUACAAAGUACAGCAGAUCACCCCCAAGGAAACAAGAUACUCAAGUGAUCUCAAGACAACAAGGUCUCUCCUGCAGCACAAGCAGCAGUGAUUCCAGUACUGGGGCUGUCAGGCUGAAAGGGAGCAAGGCUUGCUCUUCUCUUCAGCAGCCCCUAUUUCAUCUCACAAGAUCGAAAAGGAGAGAGUGUGAGCCUGAAUCAAAGAAUGAGAACAGGGCCAGGGAUGUUAAAAGCCUACAGCUGCCAUCCUCAACAGUGCCUGGUAAGAUUCUUGCUUUCAAGAUUAAAGAAACCCCUGCAGUGGAGGAACCACAGAAAAAAAAGUUUACAGACACAUGACAUGUCUUUAUAGAAGAAACACAGAACAUCUUUACCAGAGGAUUAGAGAGUGGUGUAUAUCACGGAGGAACCCCUACACUGACUGGGGUGAAAGAAGAACAGGAGAAAGCAAGGCAUUUUCACAGAACACGAAUGGACCAGCUCAAGACUAUCAGGAGCCAGGGGCUGACUCACCCUUUGGAAAACAAUAGAGACAAAAUUCACCCACUGCAGAAAGAAAAAAUUACCCAUAGCAAGUUCAAAGGAACAGCUAGAGUCACUGGAGAAAAUGUGAAAUCAGAAGAAAUACAAAUAUUAAAACAGCAGAUUGCGGGACUGCAGGAGGAGUUCAAAAGAAAUGAGUCCUGCUGGCAUGCUGCCUAUGGCAAGCUGAGGGACCAGGUUGAGAUGCUGACCAGGCAGAACAUGGAGCUUCAAGAUGAGCUCAGAGUUUCAGAACGUCAGAGAAUGAAAGCAGAAAAAAUCUCAGAAGCUGUGAAUUUCAUGGACAGAAAAUCAGCGACCCUGGUUGCAGAAGCUAUUCUGCGAGAGACAGCAUCUUCAUCCAAACAAGAAGAAAGAUCACGGAGGGAUAAUCACAAGAGCCACAGCAUCUCUCAUGUGGGGCCAAAGACAUCUUUGCAGAAACACUUCUUCAGAGAUGUGAAUGGCAAAGCAAUAAAAAGCUCUGUGCAAAGGGCUGAUCCUUUGAGAACAGUGACAAAGGAACAUCAAGAAAAGAAACCAUCCAACUGCUCCCUUGUCAGAAACACAACACCGACUGGCAGGAGAACACCUCAUCAGGGAAGACUGACACCUUUUGAACCAGAAAAAGUUGUACCUCAACCCUCUCCUACUGGGAGAAGAACAGAUGAUAGGAAAUCACCUGGAGCUGUCUCGCAUCUGAAUGAUUUUAAGGAACCUAACUCAUCUUCCUGUGUAAAAGGCAGGCCUUUGCCCAUUUCAGAUAGCUCAGAAGACAUGCCCCUGUCACAUAACCACAGCAACAGCACUUGCAGCUUUGCACUCUGCAGUAACAAUGAAGAAACAGAAGAAGAAGAGACUCUUAAUCUUAAAAAGACAGAAAAAUCACUAAAACCUCAGAAUAAAGUGGCUUUUGUGACCACGCACAGGAGAAUUGGCAUAACUACAUAUGACAACAAAGUACAUACAGACUGUUCUACUUUUCUGGAUGCUGAAGCAAAGCCUCCAAAAUCAGUAUUAUCUAGAAGUUCAGUGUUACAUCAAGAAAGAAGAAAAAGUGAGGAAGAGGUGCAGCAAAAAAUAGAGUAUCGUGAUGGAAAGGUAGAAGAGGUGCUUACUGAUGGACGUCGAAUCAUCACUUUCCGCAAUGGUACUAAAAAGGAGAUCAGUGCUGAUAAAAGGAUGACAACAAUUAGCUUUUUCAAUGGAGAUGUAAAGAAGAUCAUGCCAGAUCAGAGAGUGAUUUAUUAUUAUGCAGAUGCACAGACAACCCACACUGCUUAUCCAGAUGGCCUGGAGGUGCUGCAGUUCCCUAAUAAUCAGAUAGAAAAACAUUAUCCUGAUGGCACUCAAGAAAUCGUGUUCCCAGAUCACACAGUGAAAUGCCUCUAUAGUGACGGAUUCAAGGAAACUUUUUUCCCAGAUGGUACAGUAGUAAAAGUAGAAAAGAAUGGAGAUAAAACAGUGGUAUUCAGUAACGGCCAAAAGGAGAUUCACACUGUGCGGUUCAAGAGGCGGGAGUACCCGGAUGGCACUGUAAAAACGGUGUACUGCAAUGGCAGACAGGAAACCAAGUACUCCACUGGACGAGUUCGAAUCAAAGAUGAGGAGGGUAAUAUCAUCCUAGAUAAGAAGUGA